AUGGAUUCAGCAAAUGCACUCGUCGUGGCGACUUUCAACCUUUCUGCGGCGGUACUGGUGCCGCGCGCAAAACGCAUACAGCGAAAAAUGAGUGAAGACACGAGUGAAAACGUCGAAAAUUCAUUUGCUGAGGACAAUCUUGAUGAUGCGAGCUCGAUACACGUUGACGGUGAUUUAGAGCCCGAGAUUAUUGAUGAAAUCGAACAAGAGCAAGCAGAAAUGUACCUGCCCACGAGUAGCAGCUUUCAGGAUGAUCUCUUGGAUGCUCUGCAAAACUCGAGCGGGUCUUCUCGGAAUACUGAUACUCCUGUCUUCAACGAUUCCCCCGAAAAGGCCGAAGAUGAUACUGAGUCUUCAGACGAGAGAGAACUCGAAGAUUUUAGAAGCUUGGAAAACCUUGAACGUACCCAAAAUCUGAGCGCCUCGCCGCAGAAGAUCAAGAUACGCCUCAGACGUCACAAAUCAUCUGGAUUUGGCUUUCGACCUGUCAGUGCAGUAGCGCCUGAACCCAUCGUAACGGCCGUCAUCAAAGGAUCAAGCGCCGAUCGACAAGGACUUAAAGUUGGCGAUCGAAUUCGGUCCGUUGUUGUACCAGGGAAUAUUCCUACUUUCCACAGAACUACUUCAGUCAAUCAAAUAAAGGAAAUACUGAAAGAUUGUCAGAAUGAAGUAGAUCUGUUUAUUUACAGAGAUAUGAAAGAAAUCAUCACGGAACUAAAUGUGAAGCCGUUAACUCCUCUUGGGCUAGGCCUACAGACAACGAAUGUCGGUAUUUUUGUUACGUCGGUGCAGCCAGGCUCUCUUGGUGAUAUUUAUGACUAUCGAUUUGGCGACCAAAUUUUAUCAAUUAACGAUCAGCCAGUACAUGACUCUAAUGAUAUAAGACAGAUAAGACGCACAUCAAUGCAAGAAACCAGGAGACCGACCCGAAAGCCCAUUUCUAAAAUCUUCCGUUCAGCAAGCUCUAUAAGUAACAGAUCGGAAAGAAGGAGUGACCCACGAGCAGAUGACCGCCGCAUCUCUUGGAACUCGCCUGACAAUUUUAGCCAUGAUCAAAAGGAAAAAAUCAAAAUUGUCAUCGGCCGCCGGUCGGUCGAAAGCUAUAGUGAGCACCCAAUUGCUGCGAUCUGGAGCGAAAGUGAAAACCGUGCUUCCCCAGCAAAUAUACUAGAGCCAGUUUUUGAACCUAGCUCUACGCCAUCUGCCCCGACGCAAUCUAUUAUUGGCGUCGACGUCAGUUCCGCAGAUCCACAGCUCAACAUUGAGACGAAAAAAGACGAAGAAGAAGCCCUUCUUGAUUUACUGAGGGGAGAACAAAGAGAUACGUCUAAAGACGAUUCUCCACGACAUACGAACACAAACAUUCCCGAUCAGUCCUCGUUGAUAUCAGGGAGAGAAGCAGUUUCUUCAACCGAUGAACCUUACCUGCUGCAGCCAUUCAGCCCUCUUGCCUCAAUCAGACCUACUAUUUCUCCAAAACCGACUACUACGACCAACUCUUUACUUACUGAAAAAACAUUCCCUCUGAACGAAACAAAUAAACCGGAGGUGAGCUCUGCCUGCGUAGUUUGCUUAGAAGGGACGAAGGAAGUUGUAUUUCAACCCUGCUGGCAUCAAAUUACCUGCUCCAACUGUGCCGUCAGACUUAACGAAUGCCCUCUAUGCCGAGAAGUUAUUGCGAUUCGCCGAAGACCUUACCGCUGCUAG